UUUCUACUUACUCAGAACGAGAAGUACAUCUCAACAAUGGCAAGAACCAAGCAGACCGCUCGUAAAUCCACCGGUGGUAAAGCCCCGAGGAAGCAGCUCGCUACUAAAGCCGCCCGGAAGAGCGCCCCAGCCACCGGCGGCGUCAAGAAGCCCCACCGUUACAGGCCCGGGACCGUGGCUCUCCGAGAGAUCCGCCGCUAUCAGAAGUCCACCGAGCUGCUGAUCCGCAAACUGCCUUUCCAGCGUCUGGUGCGAGAGAUCGCUCAGGAUUUCAAGACUGACCUGCGCUUCCAGAGCUCCGCAGUCAUGGCCCUGCAGGAGUCCAGCGAGGCUUACCUGGUCGGUCUGUUCGAGGACACCAACCUGUGCGCCUUCAUCACCAUGUCUGGAAGAGGCAAAGGCGGUAAAGGACUCGGAAAAGGAGGCGCUAAGCGUCACCGUAAAGUGCUGCGUGAUAACAUCCAGGGAAUCACCAAACCCGCCAUUCGUCGUUUAGCUCGCCGCGGCGGAGUCAAGCGCAUCUCCGGUCUGAUCUACGAGGAGACCCGCGGUGUGCUGAAGGUGUUCCUGGAGAACGUGAUCCGCGACGCCGUCACCUACACCGAGCACGCCAAGAGAAAGACCGUCACCGCCAUGGACGUUGUGUACGCGCUCAAACGACAGGGACGCACCUUGUACGGCUUCGGAGGAUAAAAGACGACAACCACAAACCCAACGGCUCUUUUAAGAGCCAC